AUGGCCAGAGGGUAUCCCACUCAAGGACACCUCAACAACAGAAUGUGGCCGUGCAUCAACCACUGGAUCACCCGUUUUGGCAUCCCCAUCGACAUCACAUCCGACAGAGGCCCUCACGUUACUCCUGCCUUGUGGAGAGAGAUGGCCGAGCGCCUUGGUACCAAUCUUCUUCAUACAACAGCCUAUCACCCUCAAUCCAAUGGACUGAUUGGGCGAUUCCACCGGUCCCUUAAGAGUGUUCUCAAAGCAAAACUCCAAAGCCCAAACUGGCUCGAUGAACUGGGAUGGGUACUGCUCGGUUUGAGGACUGCUCCAAAAGAGGACCUGGGAACUUCUGUCACCGAGUUAGUGUAUGGAGAACCACUCAGAGUACCGGGUGAAUUUUUUACCAGUGACACUUCACCAUUCGACCAGUCACGGAGCCUCGCCAACUUACGAUCCCAAAUGCAGUCACAACUAGCUUAG